UCGUGAACUUGUUUUUAUGUUCUUAAAUGAAUCAGCAGCAGCAGUAUCCGGAACUUGCAGCUCUUAACACUGAACAUGAAGGUUCUCUUUGUGUGCAUUGGAAAUACCUGUCGCUCUCCUAUGGCUGCGGCCAUCCUUAGCCAUUUGAUUUUGAAGCAAAAUCAUCGGGACUGGCUUGUGGACAGUGCUGGUCUCAGGGAUUGGAAUGUGGGCAUUGAGCCAAAUCCACGAACCCUGGAUAUAUUGAAGCAGCAUGGUCUUAAAACUAAGCACUUGGGCCGUUUGAUAACACCGCAGGACUUUAUGGACUUUGAUUACAUCCUGGCUAUGGACAACAGCAACUUGAUGGAGCUUCAACAAAUGGCCUCAAGGCUGGCGACUCCUCCCAAAAGUAAGAUUCAACUGUUGGGCAGCUACAUAGGACGCAAGGAAGACGAAAUUAUCCAGGAUCCAUAUUUUAGUCAAGGUAUGGGCGGCUUCCAUACGGCCUAUCUACAAAUCCUGGAGAGCUGCGAAAAAUUCUUGAGACAACUAAAAACUGAUGAAGAAAAUUAAAUGAAUAAAACCUUUACUGAAUUUGUAA